UCGUAAGUUCGGGACCCUAGUGCAAGUGAGUGCUUGUAUCUGUUAGAUUUAUAUUUGUUUUUUAACAAAAGUGAUCUUGAAUGAUGUUAAUAGUUGCAUUGUAUGUUAGUAUCAGUGAUAUAGUGUGUAUUUAGUUGCGUGGAAAAGGCCUUAAGUAAUCUUUUUAAUGUCUGGAAUCUGAGGUUUUUCUGUAGUCCGCCAUCUUAUGCUACCGGUUUGCUAGAAUAGGUGGUUACAUUUUCCUAACUAGAUCGCUUAUUGCCAGUGUUUAUUAGUAUUAAGUAUUGCGAUUGGAGAGAAGUACUAAAUAGGUUCUUACCAUCAUGUUCGCCUGCGCACGAUUUGUUGCCCCCGCUGCAAGGACAGCUCUUGUAUCUGGGUCCCGAGCGUACCUCCGGCCCCUGAGCAGUGCUGUUACAAGUCACAGUACGUCCUUGCAGCAACACAAUUCGCAGACUGCUCAAACCCCGAUUAGUUUGCUGCCAGCGGUGCGGAGCUUCCAGACCACCGCAGUCACGAGAGACAUUGACUCUGCGGCCAAGUUUAUCGGCGCCGGCGCUGCCACGGUCGGAGUGGCAGGCUCAGGUGCCGGCAUCGGGACGGUGUUCGGCUCGCUGAUCAUCGGCUACGCCAGGAAUCCCUCCCUCAAGCAGCAGCUCUUCUCGUACGCCAUCCUGGGCUUCGCCCUGUCGGAGGCCAUGGGCCUGUUCUGUCUGAUGAUGGCCUUCUUGCUGCUGUUUGCAUUCUAAGUGCAGUUUAGUCAGUGUUGCUGCCACGGGGACUGCUUUCUCCUUGGUGUGGCGGGGCGGCGCGUGGAAUGACUCGACAUCUGCGGUUUCGCCGUUCCACGGUUUGCCCCACGUAGCAGAUUGUGAGCUGCCUGCAGAGGUGGGGGCAGUUUUCAAAAAUAGAGGACACAAUAAAAAAAAUUAAAAUAUUCCAUGAUUGUUAAACCCACUGGAAGUAAAGUUUUCUUCAACUCUGUCAACAACCCCAAAGUCCAGCCUAUCAAUAUUGUUUUGUGCUGCCUUUGUAUGAAAUGUGUAGAUAUUUUAUUGCUCCUUUUUUUUUUUUUUUUGUUAUUUACAUUGUCUGUUUUUGGACCUGUACUGUAUGCUAGGUUAAGGUGAAUACUGCUGUAUAAAGUUUGUAUCAAUGAAAGUAAACCUUGGUUGGAAAUCUUCCUUUUGUGGAAGAGCUCACCACAUCUGAA